GCUACUUACAACUUGCUUUAAGAAAAAUCUUUUAGUAGUUGACUUCUAGUAUUGGAAAGAGUUGUUGUUGCAUUGAGAUAUUCGUUGAAACUGUCCUCUGUGUGUGUUGUGUGUAUCUGUGAGAGAGAGUGGAAGAGAGCGACUGCAGUCAAGUCCACUGCUUGAAACUUGGGGUUAACACCGAUUGGGAACAAGUGCAGCACGGAAGAGGGCAGUCUGUCUGGGCUCUGUUUAUCUCCAGCGCUGGUCUGUUUGGGCAGGAGGAGGCCACUGGCUGGACAGGGCGACACGCCUGAAGAUGAAAACACGGAGAGAGAGAGAGAGAGAAACUUCUGCGAGAUAUGCCUUUAGCUGUCUCCAGCUCCUUCACACAGAAACUUACCCGGACACUGCGCUUCUCUCUGCUUUAGACUCUAAAACUUUAACUACCCUCACACUUUUUAACUUUUGUAGCACGGAAGCUAUUUUUUUAAAUCUCGGAGAAUUCGCGGUGAUGAGCUUUCUGCGUGAACGCGCGUGUGUUGAAGCGCGCCCCCUAGCCCAUGCCCGUGUCCGGGAGGGAAGCUGCCUAUGAAAACUGGGGAGCUCAGCUCAGUGUGUGCGGCUAGGGGUCCUCACAUACUCUAACCUGCUCGCUUCUUAGUGCAUUGUUUAAGGGACCUGCAUAAAGUGGCUUUCACGUCCGCGAGGACUGGCUAGUUCUGACGGCUGUGCUAUUAAGUUCAGAACCUUUUUUUUGGAAUUACAGUUUCGCUAAGAGUUACUGAUGUUUGACUAAAUGAUGGACACUCAGUCAUUCCAAAGGAAAGGCUUUGUUGUGGAAUGAGAAACUCCUAUCGUCAGCUUGAAGAGUGCGUGGCUUAAAAAAUUCAAAGAUUACUUAUAAUAAAUUCAGGUAUUGAAGUGGUGACAUUGAGGACUGUAUAGAAGAACUUCUUAAUGUGGAAGAUAAAAAAUCACUGGAAUACUGCUACUGUUUGUGCUGAACACUUAUCAACAUGAAUCGGGCUUUCAGUAGAAAAAAGGAUAAGAGUUGGAUGCAUUCGCCUGAAGCUCUCACAAAACAUUUUAUACCAUACACCGUAAAGUUUCUUGGCAAUUCUGAAGUUGAACAACCAAAGGGUACAGAAAUUGUGAAGGAUGCUGUUCGUAAACUCAAGUUUGCAAGGCAUAUAAAGAAGUCUGAGGGUCAGAAGACUCCCAAGGUCGAAUUACAAAUCUCCAUCUAUGGUGUUAAAAUCUUAGACUCCAAAACAAAAGAAAUGCUGCAUAAUUGCCAAUUACACCGAAUAUCUUUUUGUGCUGAUGACAAAACUGACAAGAAGAUAUUUACUUUUAUUUGCAAGGAUGCUGAAUCGAAUAAGCACAUGUGUUAUGUGUUCGAUAGUGAAAAGUGUGCUGAAGAAAUAACAUUAACUAUUGGCCAAGCUUUUGACUUAGCCUACAAGAAGUUUCUGGAAACGGGAGGAAAGGAUGUUGAAACGAGAAAACAGAUUGCAAGUUUACAGAAACGAAUUCAGGAAUUGGAAACUGAGAAUAUUGAGUUGAAAAAGAAAGUUCAAGAGAUGGAAAUUAAUGUCAGGGUCACUCAAGGUCCAUCACCACUGUUACACUUCAGUUCUAACAAGCAACUGCAGUUGUGUCAGAGGCCACCAACUUUCUUCUGGUCCCAUGACAUGGAAUAUGUGUCAUUUCCUGAAAUAACCUCUUUUACACUUAGCCCAACAAGUCCUUCUGGCUCCAGCUUAACAGAGAGUCUACUAACACCACCUUCACCCAAACACGCAACUCAACGAGCACUGAAUGGAUUUAGUAUUCCACGACCUCGUAGAGGAAUGACUCCUCGCUCUCCAAGCACAGAUCUGUUUGACAUGGUUCCAUUUUCACCAGCAUCGCCUCUUUUGCCAACACCAUCCAGCAAUGGUACAGAACUUCCUCCUUUACCUGUCAGAUCUUCUGAGACCAGAAGAGAUAUUUUUGGUGCUGAACCAUUUGACCCUUUCAUCUCAGGUGGGGGAGAUUUUCCACCAGAUAUUCAGUCCAAACUGGAUGAAAUGCAGGAGGGGUUCAAAAUGGGACUAACUCUCGAAGGCACUGUGUUCUCUCUCGAUCCUCUGGACGGCAGAUGCUGACAUUAAGAAACUGAAUAUUUUCACAUUUGGAUCAUUAAACAUAUAGUGCCAAUGAAGUGCCAAAAAAUAAGGUUUUUUUUGUUUUCCAUAUUGUUUCAUAAUACCUCCCUUGUGUGAAUUUUUAACUUGAUCCUGCUUGCAUUCUCUUCUUAAUUUUCUUUGUCAGGUGAGAAAAUAACAUAGAAAAGUUGGUCACAACUUAUGUUAACAUAAAAUUUGCAUUCUCCCUGACAUUUUAUGAAGCUAUCUGUUUCUAAUUUCUAAUACAUAUCCAAGGAAUUGAGCUCUUUUUUAAAAUUAGAAUUAGCAUUGCAUUAUAAUUGUCCUAAUUUUGAAAAGGAUUUUUAUUCAAGAAGUAAGUUCUACAUAUAUUUCAUCCGUCUAUGUAUUUGUGUGAAAAGUUAAUGAUGCAGAGUGUAACCAGAGACAUUGAAUAUAAUGACUUGCAUUUUCACUGGGUCUAUCUGACUUGGGGCCCUUCUGAAAUGGUGAGUAAGGUCCAAUUCUGGCAUUCCCUCUUCCAUUAUCAUUUCCAAAAGCUUUUCCCAGUGUCACAAGUAGCCAGCUUGCAGACAGAACACCUGCUCUUUCCAAUUCUGUUGAGGGUGGAUAAUCCGAACCUCACACCUACCCCCACCUCACAUCCAGCUUAUUUCCAGCAGAUGUCUUUCCCACGUCCUUGGAAGGAUAUAUUUAAAGCAUCACUUACCUUCUGGUAUCCCAUUAUCCUUUUGUAUGUCCCACUGGAUAGUUUUAGCUACUCCUCUGGCCUCUUACAGGCUCGCAGAGUCAGACUUUCCUUCUAGUGUAGGUUAGGCAAAGAUUGGUCAAGAUGAGGAAAGUCAUCAGUUCCAUCCAACUCUUCUUCCAUGGGCAUCUCUGGUGUCACUCUCACAGAAGUUUUCCAUCUCUUGGCUUAUCUAAAAGAUCAUUUCAGAUACCAAUUACUGUGCAUGAAGAUGUGUAUUCUAAUAGCAGUCCUUUUGCUAGUUAGUACCAAUGCCUCCUUUUACUGCAGUUAUGGUUUACUUUCAAGCUGCUUUUCUACUCCAUGUAAUAUUAUUUAUGCCCAUUAUAGGACCACCUCUUACCCAGUGCAGUUGAAAAUUAACAAAAAAGAUAUCUUGCUCAUAACUCUUCCCUCAAACAUAAAUGAUCAACCAUUUUGCCUUUUCUCCACUGCUUCCUGGACUUGGAUGUCUCCUUUGUGCCUCAACUAAAGAUGAAUGUCGUACUAAAAGUGUGGACUGAAUAGAGGAUUGAACACUUUAGGCUUUAUACCUUCAGAUUUAUCCUCUGCUGAUCUGGCAGUAAAACCUAAUCCUCAGUUUGACUCUCUACAAUAAGGGGAUUAUGGUAACUAUUAAGUGUAAAAUAAUUUACAACUGUCUUACAACCUUUCCUCUUUAAAAGUUCAAUGUAAUUGAGCAGUUUGUCCCCUUUCUGUUCAUCCAAUAUGUAACAUCUUUGAAUUUCCUGUGUUGAAUUUCUUGCCAUUGUUAUCAAUUCAUUAUUAUCUAAGUUCUUCCAUAAAUUAGCUUAGCUAAAUCAUGAAGUUACACUGAUGCCCUCUCUAGAUUUAGUUGUAUCUACAAGUUUGGUUAACCAGCAUUAAUUUUAUAAACCCAGGUUAUUUAGGUAAGUAGAUCCCAGUAGCAACCCCUGAGGAAUGUCACUCAGUACAAGUCAGCCAGUUAUUGAUCUCUGUGUUUUUUGUGAGACAUUUAUUUUUCAAACAUAAAAGCAAAUUACAUAUUACUUUAAGAAGUCAUUUAUUGGUUUUUAAAAUUAAAAACUAGUGCAGAUUAUUUAAAUAUUAGCAAUCAUUUUAAUUUUAUCUCCAACUGUAUUUGGAGUAGUUUAUUAUUCUACCAGAUUACUUAGAUAUGUUUGAAGUGUAUCAUCUGAGGUGUAAUACUAAUCUAUUACUUGAACACUGCAAGAUGAUGAGUUAAAUCAAGACACAUAAAAUGAAGGGUAAAUCAUUUAAACCUAGCAUUACUUUUACAAAACCAAUGUAUUUCAAUAAAUUAUUAUAAAUAAAUAUCUGCAUGCUUUGCCAGUAUUUCAUAUAACUGUCUUUCUUGUUUGUAAUAUGCAGAAUCUAACAAGUCUUCCUACUUCUAUCUGCACCUUUUUCAAAAUGACAUUUUUUUUCGCUUUAAGAUUGGUCACAGUGAUACUUUUCAGCGCUUUAAAUAUACUUAUCAGUAACCUGAGUAUAUUGUGAGGGUGGUGUAGUGUACCACUGCUUAUAUUAUCAGUGAUACCUUUUUUCAAAAAUCAAACUGCAUCUCUCAAGUAACUGUGUAGUCACUGGUCAGAGAUUAUAACAGAAUAGAGAUAACUUUACAUGCACAUAAUUGUCUUCUUUUCAAAUCAUUUCCUGUCCCAAAUGUUAAAAUUGCGAUUGUUAGCACAGAAAUGAUGUUGGCAAUAUUGUUUAACUUCACAUAUCUGUUGGGAUUACUGCUAAUGAAUUAACGAAACUUUGAUUUUUGUCAAUUCACUAGAGAAUAAGUAUAAUUUAGAUUCAUAACUAUAAGUGUUGUACCAGUAUCUGGUACUAUUAAGUAUACAUAAAGAAUACGCUGAACCAAAAAAGUUACGAUUGCUUGAUAGACGCGUACUAUUAUUGACCUUUGUAAAUUGGAGGUAGACCAUGUCCAUAACACCAGUGUAUCUUUGUAAUGUCUAUUAGUUGUGAAAGUCUCCUUCGAUUACUGAUAAUAAACUUUUUUUAAAAAGUGAA